UGAAUAAUGAAUGAUAACGUUUCUGCAACCAGUUUCAUGACUAUGGAUCACCUAAUUUUAAUUUGUAACAUAGAAAACUACAACACAUAACCAAUUUCUUUGUGACAUUUCAUGGCGAAUGAUGGUGUUGCUCUCCAACAAGAUUAUUGUUUAUGGGAACCUAAGAAAAGCUCUGAUCACAAAUCAAAGGAGGUCCGGGAUACUAAUAAUGUUAAACCCCAAACACUAGGAUAUUUGCUUUCUUGCUCUUCUUCUUCUGCCCAAGACUUAAGGCAUUGGGACCUGGAGAGGGAGAAGGAUGAUGACGGAACUCCAAGAGGAGUCUUAGAGGCAUGCAUGAAAGAAUUUGACUCUCCACUGCUACAUGAAUCAGAAUCUAGUAGUUCAAGCUCAAAGGCAAAGUCUCAUUGGAGAAAUUUUUUCAAAUCGUGGAAGAAAAGAUCAUUUAAGCGCUUAACAUCAUCCAUCCCUCAUAUUGGUGUGCCAAAGAUACCCAAGUGGAAAAGCAGAAGCACUAGAGAGCAUCCUGUUCGAAGUAAAUUGUACAACUUCAGGUCUUCUUUGAUAACUUUCAGCCUCUCUGACCUCAAAAAUGCAACCAACAAUUUCAGCCAUGAGAAUUUAAUUGGAAGAGGUGGUUUUUCUGAGGUUUAUAAGGGUCGUCUUCAAAAUGGGCAACUAAUAGCUGUGAAGAAAAUGACUAGAGGGAGCACAGAUGAGAAGACAGCAGGGUUUCUUUCUGAGCUAGGUGUUAUUGCUCAUGUUGACCAUCCUAAUACAGCAAAACUCAUAGGAUGUGGUGUAGAAGGAGAAAUGCACCUUGUCUUUGAACUAUCUCUGCAUGGAAGUUUAGGGUCUCUUCUUCAUGGUUCAGAUAGAAAGAAGUUAGAUUGGAGUAAAAGAUACAAAAUUGCUCUGGGAAUAGCUGAUGGUCUCCUCUAUUUGCAUGAGAAUUGUCAUAGGCGAAUCAUUCACAGAGAUAUUAAGGCAGAUAAUAUUUUGCUUACAGAGAAUUUUGAGCCACAGAUUUGUGAUUUUGGGCUUGCAAAGUGGUUGCCAGAACAAUUGACUCACCAUAAUGUGUCAACAUUCGAAGGCACAUUUGGGUAUUUUGCUCCUGAAUAUUUUAUGCAUGGCAUAGUAGACGAGAAAACUGAUGUUUAUUCCUUUGGGGUCCUACUUUUAGAGAUCAUAACUGGGCGUCCAGCUUUGGAUCAUUUGCAACAGAGUGUUGUGAAAUGGGCAAAACCUUUUCUUGAUGCUAAUAGCAUCAAGGACCUUGUUGAUCCUUCACUUGGUGAUGAUUAUGACAAAGGACAGAUAGGUAUUGUUGUUUUGACUGCAUCAUUGUGCGUUGAGGAGUCUCCUAUCUUACGCCCCAUCAUGAGUCAGAUUGUAAAACUGUUAAGAGGUGAUGAUUGUAUCCUAUCUAGAAAAGCAAGCAAAAGGAGGACUUUUCACAGAACAUACUCAGAAGAGCUGUUGGAUGCACAAGAUUACAACUCAACAAAAUAUCUAAGAGAUCUCAAUAGACAUAAACAGCUUGCCUUGGGUUCAUGAGAGCUUAGGAUAUCCUACUUUAAAAGAUGUAUAGACUUGCUAAAGUGUGAGGAAGUCCAUGGAAAUGACUACUGCACUCCAAAACUUUGUACAAACUUAUAAAAUGGUACCUAAAUUUACAUAAGCAUCUUGUACAGUUAUGUUGGCAACAUUACUUAUUAUAUACAGUUUUUAUGUGUUUUGAAAAGGCU